CUUUGUUUUUUCUUUUGAUGGAUGCUCUUUCAACGGAAACCUCUUUCGCCUUUUCCAGUGCCAUUGAGUGUUGCAAUCGAAGUAUUUUCCAUCAAAAAGAGAAUACUAAACUUUUUGCUUUUGUAGAAUCUAUCUCUUCUUGUUGCUUGCAAGUUUUCUUUUCUUAUCCCUUUGCAUAGACAGUGCCUUUCACUUUUACCUCGACUACAGGGUACAGCUGUUUCUCCAUCCUAAUCCUCUUUUUUAUCAUCGUCAUGUUCUACAUAAAGUGCAUUCUUCAGGGCAUAUGUGGUUUUUGUCUUUUGGGCGCCUGGAUUUUGUUGGCUUUGGUCAUGACUGGCUGUAAAUCCAAGACAAGCUCCCAUCUUUCAUUGUUCAAUUUGUCAAGUCAUUCUGCCCAAGUUAAUGUUGGUUAUUUUUCUAUGUGUUUGCUUAGCGGUAAUAGUUCUACCACCUGUGAUAAAUCCAUAAACACCCGGAGCAUUCCUUCUUUCUCAAUGGCGGAUUUGCGGUCCAAGUUCAUUCUCCCACAAGUCCAUCCAUGGAUGGUAGUAUUUUCGUUUUGUGUUUGUGGAAUCUGCUUUCUUUUGGCUGCUGUCGCUGCAAUCCCUUUUAUGGAUCGACUUCCUUACUUACGACUAAUUCGACUUUAUUUAUCCUUUUUUGCUUUUUUGAGCGUUCUAGUUACUGCUCUAUUUGUACAUGUAUCCGUCUCUUCCUUUGUCAUGGCUAUUGAAGCUGCCGAUGUUUACCUUCAUGCUGCCCUGGGGAAGAAAGUUGUUAUUUUGUUAUGGAUAUCCAUGGGUCUUCUUGCCCUUGCGACCCUCAUUGAUGUAAUUUUUCACAUUGUAUCAACGAAGGCAGAGAAAAUUCGCCAAGCUCUUUUCGAGAAAAAGUUUUCCUUAUCACGGUCAAGUACAGCUGUUUCUUCUGCUACUUCGUCCAGUAUAAAAAAAUAACAGGUUUAAUGAAGGUUUUUAACAAAUUCUCUUUCUUUUUCUUUUUGCUUUACCUCCAAUCUUUGGAACCUUGGAUCUAAUGUCUGGCCUUUUGUUUAUUAUUCUAACACAUGAUGAUAUAUGUUUGUUUUGUACCUUUCUAUGACUUUUACCAUGCGAUGACUCUUCUGCAUUCAUUUUUAGUUUUUCUAUAGAGGAUAUACGUUUAAUUUCUUAUAAUUUCAUGCAUUCUUUUGAUGUCUUUCUCUUACAAUAUGCAAUGUGUAUACAUCCAUUGAAUCCGU